AUGGCGAGCUCCGGCUUGUUUCGCGUUGCCGCUGCUGGCGUUCGCACACGAGCAGCCGUGCUUCCGUCGAUUAGAUCCUCGCUCUCUCAAAACGCGUUACCAUAUAGGCUCGCGCCUUGCAGUCAGAGAGGCUUUGCAUCGUCUUCAGCGGCCUUCUCAUCCGCAGGCUCCACCACCCAACUACCCGUCAAGGAUGCCAUCUCCUCAACAACAACAACAACAUCAACAGCAGCAGCAGCAGCAGCAGCAGCAGAAGAUUCGGCAAGCGCCGCAACGCAAACCGUUGCCGAGUCCGAUGUGGUUGCCGGAGGAUUUGAAUUUCUCCAACCUUGGGUUCCCACCAUCAACAACCUCGCCGAUACUAUGCAUCUCAGCGGACCAUACGCGCAUGCGCUAUCUAUCUUCAUCCUCGCCUUUGCGGUGCGUACCGCGGUCACGCUGCCUAUGACAUUAUGGCAACGGAACAAGACGCGAAAGUUGACCGAGAAGGUGCUGCCAGAGUGGGAGAUCAUGAAGGAACGCAUCCCCCUGGAAGUACGAGCGAGGUGCAGGAGAGCGGGCAUGUCGUACGAGGCGUUCGAACAAGAGGCGCAAAAGGAGCUUAAGGCGAAGCUCACCGAAUUGCUCCGCAAACAUAAUGCUUCGCCUUUGCCCGCGUUUGUCGGACCGGCCAUGGUCACUAUUCCGGUAUUUUUGCUCAUGACUGCGCUGCUACGUCAGUGUGCGCUCGACCCAACCUCGCCGUUGACCUCAGAGGUGCUGCCUUGGUGGUCGCCGUCGCCGGAUCUCGCUCAACAGUUCAAGGCGAGCACCGCCAUCUUAGCAGACCGCGGAUUCGACGAAGCAGCCAUCGCCAAGCUCAAAGGCACCAUGGGUGGGCCAACCCUUGUCGACAAGGACUCCACCAUGAUCGGCCCGCUCACGUUUGGAAUGCUGACGCUGGCCAAUACCGAAUUGAACAGUUGGAGCAGGAGGAGCAUCGCCAAGAUCAGAGCCGUCACUUCGGGCAGAUCGGAUGCAGCGGCUAGGACGGCAGAGAAGCUGUUGGCGGAUAAACCGGCUGGGACACCGGCGCAGGCAAAGCAGGACGACGACGAUGAACCCCAAAGAGCUAGAAUCAUCACCAACGCUUUGCGAGUCUUGGCUAUCGCUUUCAUCCCUAUUGCGUGUCAGGCACCAGGUGUGCUGGUCAUCUACUGGCUUUCGUCAGGUAUCUACACUCUGAUUCAGAACUCGGUUCUCGCCGUCAUGGAUCGUCGCUCAGAAGUCAUCAAGGCCGCUCGCAAGCAGCAGCUUCUUCAACAGCCGCGAUAG